UUCGUCGCCCCCACGCGAAUCAUCGCGAGUUCGCGACGGUCGGUGUCCCAGGCGCCGUUCCGAAAUCCCGGGGGCGCCGCCGCCGGACUCGACCCGCCGCCGCCGCCGUCCUAUCCUGCCAAGCGGAGUCAUGCCGUAGGGUCGCCGCCGCCUCCCUCGACAGCGCCGGCGCCCUCCACAGCACCGCGACGUGAACUGCACCGCGCGCCUGCCUCCGUUCUGUGCCCUACACGAACAGCACUGCCGCCUCCGUGCAUGACCUAGGCGCCGCCGUCACGUACGAGCACUGCCGGCCUCGACUCGUCCAGCGCCGCCGCACUCGUCGCACAGCCCGUGGUCCGGCCGUCCGCCAUGGAGCCGGCGGCCGCCCGCCACGCCAUGGAGUUUGGAGCUGCGUCAUCGGGAAUCGGCGCCAUCUCCAACAGAAGCCUGUCCGCCAUGGAGCCAUCGGCCGUCCGCGACGUGAACUCCAGCGUUGUGGAUGAUCAUGCUGGCAUCACCGUCGACGCCGGAGUUGAAUCCCACCUUGAACGUCCAAGCACACCUCAGCAUUUAACUACAUCAGUCUCUUGUACAAGUGACACAAUCAACACAAAUUCGAAAGAACAUUUGAAGCCAAAAAUUGGAAUGAUCUUUGAUACACUCAAAGAUGUGGAGGAAUUCUACAAAUCGUACGCACAUGAAGUUGGUUUCUCAGUUCGUGUUGGUCAGCACAAGAAGGGAAAUGAGGAAAUAUUAUUCAAGAGGUAUUAUUAUUCAAGGGAAGGGUACAAAAAGGAGAACAUAACAAAUGCUAGUGAUGAAUCUGGGAAAAAUGGGAAGACACAUGAUGUGAUGGAAACUAGAUGUGGAUGUCAGGCACAUAUUGUUGUCAAAGCUUGGCGGUGACAAGAAGUAUCAAAUUGUUUCAAUGGUUGAGCAACACAGCCAUGGUUUCGUGUCGCCAGAUAAGAGACAUUUGCUAAGAUCCAACCGGAAGCUUCGCGCCGAGAAGCAAAAUGAGGUGCCAUCGAAUUAUAUUAUGAAGAGAUGGGAGAUAAAAUGCAAAAGGUCUGCACCGUUCUUUGAUGAGGAAGGUAAUGUACUGGAUGAAAAGCCGAAGGAUCCUAUGGAGGUGGCAAUGCGGAAAAAGAUUUCAGAUUCGCGUAACAAGUUUGAAGAUCUUAUCCAAAUGGCCAAGAGCUCUGAACAAGGGAUGGAUUUUUUAUAUUCUAGUUUGUCCAACCUAGUAGAACCUCUCCAACAGAUCACACCUGCUAUGAGAGUUGAUAAACAUGAUGAGUAUGAAUCUUUCCUGGGUAAUGAAAUUCCAAGUGAAGUCGAUAUACAUCCACCAAACGAUAUCAGGUCGAAAGAGAGAUCCAAAAGAAUUAGGAAGAGCAAGGAGAAGGUUAAAAAAAAGAAAGUGUCGAAAAUGCAAGCAAGUAGUGGAUCAUGAUGCACGCAAUUGCCCAAACAAUGUUGUUGGCUGAUACUUGAAGUUUCUGUAAGCUUAUUGCUACUAGGUGGAUCCUUUUACAUUUGGAGUUUCUGUAAUAAAUAUUUGAAUGUGAGUUGCGAACCCUAUUUGUAUUUGAGUCUGCUUCACUAUCAGUUUCAUAACAGUUGGCUUCA